GGGCCGCGCCGCCAUGGCGGUGCACUACUGCGGGUUGUGCCGCCGCACCUCCUUCGCCGGCCGCCGGCACCUGUACAGCGCCGCGCACCGGCGGCGGCUGCGGGAGGCGCUGGCCCGGCUGCAGGAGGAGGUGGCGGCGGCGCGGGCGGCGGCAGCCGGCGAUGGCGGCGCGGCCGUGCGGCGCUACGACCCGGCGGAGCACGAGCGGCGCGUGUGGUGCCUGUGCUGCGGGCGCGGCGUGCGGCGGGACGGGCGGCGCGGCGGGAUGGCGCUGCCGCACGCCGGCCUCCUCCGCCACCUGGCCGGGCCCGAGCACCGGCGGGAGACGGCGCGGUUCUGGCGGGAGAACCGGGCGGAGGCGGCGCUGCGGGAGCGGUUCCUGGUGCCGGCCGAGGAGUACGAUCGCUUCGCCCGGGCGCUGGAGCGGGCGCUGGCCGCGCACCGGCGGCGGGAGGAGGAGCGCAUCCGCCAGAUGGCGGCCGGCAUCCGGGAGGCCGAGCGCAGGCAGCGGGAGACGGUGCGGGCCGCCCUGCAGCUUCAACCAGAGCCCGAGCCUCGUGCAGGACCUUCUGCCAGCGGCCCCCCAGGACCCAAAAGGGACACCAUUCAGGAUGCAGAACAGUCUGGUCUGAGCAGGACACAGACAGGACCAGACUUAAACUGGAUGGAACCAGGCCAGGCCUUGACCUUUAUUGGGCACCAGGACACAGAAGGGAAAGGAAACGUUCACACAGGAGCAAAACCUCCGUGGCUAACAGAGGAAGAGGAUGGAAGUAAACAACAAAUCGGACCUUCGUAUGAGGAAUUUCUCAGACAAAAGGAGAAGCAGAAGCUGAAAAAGCUUCCAGUGGAGCGUGUUGGUGCCAACUUUGACCACACUUCUCAGACGGGCGACAGCUGGCUCCCUUCCUUCGGGCGGGUUUGGAAUCAUGGCAGGAGAUGGCAGUCCAGGCACCAGUUUAGAACUGAAUCAAGGGAAAAGAGAAAAAGGUGAUCAGAAGAGGAGCAUCCAAGAAACCAAGCUCUGGCUGUUGUGGAAACAUGGACUGGAGGUAGCUACAGCUUUGUCAGUGCUGCUGCCACCAAGUUUAGCGCUCUUAUUUAAUAGAUACAUCUAGAUGUGUCAGACCCUGGAAGGCAGGGUGACCAUUGUGUAAUACAGAGUUGAGCACUGUUACUGAAAGCUACUCUGCCAUGGGGGGUCAACAGCUGAUCUGCUCCCCUGGUAACAGAGGCAUAGUGUGUAUCUGGGCAUCAGUUUCUGAAGUCUUAAGCUAUACAAAGGCAGACCUGCCAGCAAGGAAGGUCCCCUGCCUAUGCCAUAUCUUCAUAAUCAGAAAGCCUAACUUAUACAGCAUGUGCUGCCAGUGUCCUAUGCUGACACGCAGCAUGACAUCCCAUUAAAGAAGUGAUUUUUUGAGAAAAAAAUUUUCAUUACCUAUGUAGUACACCAACUAAAACUCAUUUCAGAUGCAGGUCCCACUCUGGGGGCAAGGGAUGUCCUGUGCCUGAUGUUUUCAUUCUAAUUUAUAUUACUUUCACUCAUUCUGCCUCACCUAGAGGACUUGUUAGCCCUUAGUAAAAAAAGGAGGCCUUAAAGACCUUUGCUAUGGAUAGUUCUUUCUUUUAUUUAAAUAAAAUAUUUCUAGCUUUA